UAUAUGUCGAAAUUUGUUGAAAAUAAAAAUAAAAUGGUAAUUUUUAUAAUUUUUGAAAUAAAAAAGCGGGAAAAUUAAUGGAAAAUCUGUCAACAAGCAGCGAUCCGUCGACGUUGAACAGUCGAGAACAAUGAAAAUUAGAUUUUAAAGUUAAUGGUAAAAUACUCCAAGGAUGGAAACACCAUUCCCAACAGAGGUACAUUCAACUCAGAAUAUCUACUUUACCGCAUCAACAAAGAUGUUAUUUGACGAUACAAUUUCUAAAUCAAAUUCAACAUCAAAGCCUACCAUGAUGGAACGCACAACUGCUUAUUUCAAUGCCACAUCCUUCACAGAAUUUGGAAAUGUGACCACAAUGCUACCUAUGCAACCAGACUUGGUGUUUCGAUUGGCUGCCAUUUUUGUGCCAAUAUUUUUUGGUGUCAUAUUUUUUGUUGGGAUAGUUGGAAACUCUUUGGUACUAACGGUCAUGACCAAGAUAUACAAACAAAACGGACAAGCUUUGAACAACACGAAUAGGUUCAUCAUGAAUCUCGCUGUAUCAGACAUGCUGUUUCUGAUUAUUUGUGUUCCUUUCCACGCAACAGUUUACACUUUGAAUGAAUGGCUGUUCGGUGGUUUUCUCUGCAUUUUUACUCGAGUAUGUGAAGAAAUGACAAAGAUUGCAAGCGUAUACACACUGGUUGCCCUCUCCGUUGAUCGGUUUUUGGCUGUUGUUUAUGCAACUUCUGCUCGGCAAAUUCGAACAAGAGCGAAUGCAAUACGUGGAUUAAUUUUCAUCUGGACUUCGUCAGCAGGCAUAGCUGCGCCAGCCAUCAUUACUCGAGUAUAUAUCAUAUACAAGGGCCACACUCUUUGUAUGCCAAAUAAGCUAAGCUGGAAGAAAUGGUACGAGUUCUGCGUCUUUUUGUUUGGGUAUUUGUUCCCUUUGCUGACAAUCAUUUGCUGUUACGUCGGUCUUCUUUACGUAGUUUGCAGCACUGCAAGGAAAAGUUCACUGCCAAGAAAUAACAGGAACGACUCGACAAAGAAAGUCACCCGUAUUGUCAUCAUGGUGGUUGUAUUAUUUGCAAUAUGUUGGGCCCCUCAUCACCUCGUAAAUCUGUGGAUGCAGUUUGAUGAUAAUUUUGACUACACAUCAAAAUUUACUUUUGUAUUUCGACUGAUCGCUCACUGCAUGGCAUACGCCAACUCCUGCAUAAAUCCUUUGGUGUACGCAUUUGUUUCGAAGAAGUUUCGAGAAGAUUUCAAGAAGGCUUUUACCUGUCAGUACAUUACCGAGGCUGUUGGAAAUAUGAAGUCUUUCUCUCGAAGAAUGUUUUCAACUAUUGGAGAAACCAUGAGACAGAGAACUCGCAGUAGUUAUCGCAGAAACAACGUACCAGAGCAACCACAGGGAGAAUCUAUCAAAGGUGGCUCACAGACAAGCGAGCAAAAUACAAAAUUCAGUCCGCGGUCGCCACUGAUGCCAUUUGCGAGUGUAGUCGCAUUUGAAAAAGCUGACGUAAAUUUAGAUGUAUCUGAUGAACAAAAUACGGGAACCGAUAGAGUCUAUACACCGAGCACAAGAUCGCCCGCUAGUGAAAGGGAUCACAACGAAGACGAAUUUUUUGACAAUGACAUUGUUGCCGACGCCAAACCUGAGUCAACUGCCGUGUGAUUCAUAUUAGGACAGCCAAUAAAUAUUGAAAUUUGAUUGGCCUCCGUCUACUUCAUGUUCUAUUGAUUUUUUACCCAAUUACUCGAAAUUUGAUGGACAAUUACGUGCUGAAAUCGAUAUUCGAGACAAAUUUUAAAACCUAAGAAUCUAACUUUGUCCGAUAUUGAUCACCUAUCAUUGUUUUACAUGGAAACGUCACUAUGGCUGGCAAAUUUUGCUUCAAUUACGUCUUUAUAUCUGUCAUAUUUUGCAGUCAGUCUGCAUAUUCUGAAUUACGACUACUUUUCCGUUGGUGAUGCUAUAAUUGCUUUCAUCCAUUUGAGCAUAUCGAUGUACCUCUAAGCUACUUUUGACAGGCGAAUACAGAUUUCUAAAACUACUUUUGAUAACUGGAUACUUUGAUACUUGAUUGUAAUCAAUUCGAACUGACUUUUUUGGCAAAUAAAGGCGUUCUAAUAACUAGAUGAGUUCCAAAUGUUUGUUUUUAUUGGCUCAUCAGUUAUUUAUUCUCCUCAUUUCAUUUGGUUGAGAUACUUCUUUAACGGCAUACUUCUCCCCUGCUAUUGUUUCUUUUCAAAUUGCUAUUUCAAACUUUGUUAUUAUGUUGUAUACUGUAAAUAAAAGCAUAUCUCAUGGAAGCUAAA